AUGGAGUUUGAUAGUGAGAAAGAGGCAUAUGAUUUUUACAAUGCAUAUAGUGGUCGAAUUGGUUUUAGUAUCCAGAAAGAGUAUGGCAAUAAAGUUAAUGGAAGAAUUACAUCAAGGGCAUUAGUUUGUAGCAAGGAAGGAGUUUCGGCUUGUAAUGCAUAUGAGUUGAUGGGAAGGCAAUCUGGUGGCAAAGAAUCAGUUGGGUACUUGAAAGUGGAUCUUAAAAAUUAUCUAAGGACGCGAAGACAAAAAGAGCUUUUUUAUGGAGAGGCUGCAUGGCUUGUGCAUUAUUUUGAGACGCGUGCUUGUGAAGAUUCUUUGUUCUUCUAUUCCUUGCAACUGGAUACUGAGCAAAUGAUUACAAACAUAUUCUGGUCAGAUUGUAGAAUGAUCAUUGACUACGGCCAUUUUGGAGAUGUUAUUAGUUUCGACACAACGUACAAAGUGGUACACGAUAAUAAACCAUUUGCAAUUUUCUUGGGUAUGAAUCAUCACCGGGAGACCACUGUGUUUGGAGCAGCCUUAACAUAUGAUGAGACAGCGGAUUCAUUUGUCUGGUUAUUUGAAACGUUCUUGAAAGCGAUGGGCGAAAAAGCGCCAAAGACGAUUAUUACGGAUCAAGACGCUGCAAUGGCGAAGGCAUUAAAGCAGGUCAUGCCGGUGACGAAACAUCAUUUAUGUGUUUGGCACUUAAUGAAUAAUGCGCAGAAGAACCUACUGUUUCUAUUUAAAUGCGUGGAAGGAAUAAAGAAGGUCAUCUCAAAAUUAAUGUUCCAAAUUGAGGAGGAGGAUGAUUUUAUCAGGGAAUGGGAUUUAAUGAUUGCAGAGUAUGGUGUUGCUGGUAAUAAGUGGCUUUCCACUGUGUUAGAUUUGAGACAUAAAUGGGCCUUAGCAUUUGUCAAACACGACUGGCCUGCAGGAAUGAGUAGCACGCAAUUGAGUGAAAGCUUCAAUGGUCAAUUGAAGUAUUACCUUUCCAGACAAAUUAUUCUACCAGAAUUCUUCACACACUUUGACAGAUUAUUGUCGGACAAGUGGUACAAGGAGUAUCAAGCCAAGUAUGGCUUGGUGGAGAGGCAACUGGAACUAAAAACAAAGUGCCACAUAUUACGUCAAGUGAGGAAGGUGUACAACAAGGCAAUAUUUUAG